AUGUCAUCAUCAUCAGCCACUUCUUCUUCAUCAACAUCAUCGGAAAAACAAUAUUUGUGUGAUGCAACCAAGUAUUCUAAAUUCUUCUUCUUCUGGAAUGAAGAAACCUGUUUCUCUCAAUGGGUCAAAGCACCAAUGAAAGUAAAUGAUCAAACCUUUUCAAAUUGUGAACAAUUCAUGAUGUAUCAAAAGGCUUUAUUAUUCAAUGAUCAAGAAAUUGCCAAGCGAAUUUUACAAUCCACAAAUCCAAAGAAUACAAAAGCCUUGGGAAGAAAAGUUUCAAACUUUAAUGAAAAGAUUUGGGAAGAUAAUAAGGUGAGAAUUGUUUAUGAGGGAAAUUAUGCAAAAUUCGCUCAAAAUGAUGAUUUGAGAAAGGAUUUAUUAUCGAGACCUGAUGUUGAAUAUGUUGAGGCAAGUCCAUAUGAUAAGAUUUGGGGAAUUGGAUUGGAAGAGAAGGAUCCUAGAGCAAAACAAAGAAAUGAAUGGCAAGGUCAGAAUCUUUUGGGAAGAAUUAUUACCCAAGUUAGAGAUGAUUUGAUGAUGGCUGAAAUGAAUAAUUAA